UUUUUAUUCUCACUCGUUCUCAUCUUCAUAAAUUUUUUCUUCUUUUUAUUCUGGUUUUCUGGUCUCACUCAUUUUCUUUUUUUUUCAUCUUCUCUCUCUCUCCCUCUCUCUCCUUCUGUAUUUGUGAUUCUCACUGAAUGAAUCUCCCUCUCUCUAUUUCUCUCUCAAUCUUUAUCUUCCAUCUCCCCCACUAAUUCUCUCUCUCUCUGUGUUUUUCUCUUUCUUUUCCUAUGGUUCAUUUUUCUUCUCAAUGAUCGUGAACGUCGAUUGUCAACCUUUAACCAAAUAUUCGGGAUAAUUGUUAAUCUUUUCCCGGUUUUAUUAUAAAACAUUUAUCAUCAUUUUCUAUUCUUGUGCUUUACUGGUCGUGUUUCCAUUUGCUCAUCAUUAAAACGUCAACAACAAAAAGAACAACAUUCUCUUGAUAAUAUUUUCUUAUUUUCUUAUUUUCUUAUUUUCAUAUUCUCAUCUUCAUCUUGGUCUUGGUCUCCAUCUUAAUCAACUGUAAACAUCUACAAACAAUCAUUGUCCUUAAUCAGUUUCAAUUAAUCACCUUCAUUAGAAUCUUAAAAUGCUUAUUGGAAAAGAGAAAUAAUUGUUUACCCUUAAGAGAAAAAGCUUCUUUUUCUGUUGAGCAUUUUUCUCUCUUUGUUUCUAUUUUUCUCUGGUUUUUUCUCUCUUUUCUCUUUACUCUCUUUCUUUCAUUACUUCUCUUCUUUCUCUCUCUCUCUUUCUCUGUUGUUUCUCUGUGAGGUGUUCGUUUCUUCCUAGUGUACAACAUGGAGACUCAACCAGGAAUUCUAACACCCAAUGUGACUCAGUCUUGUUCAUCUUCUUCCCGCCGAGUUCGUCCUUCACCUUUGCCCACACUGAACAUGAGUGACUCAACAGAAAUGUGGGAAUCCAUGAUUAAUAUCAAGGAGAUUUAUUGUCGUGAUAGUCACUUGUUGGCCAAACAUCCGAACAUCACACCGAGGAUGAGAUCGAUUCUGUUGGACUGGCUGAGUGAAGUGAGUGAAUUGUUCAAACUGCACCGAGAGACAUUUUACUUGGCCCUUGAUUUUGUGGACCGAUACUUGACCAAGAAGAGUGACCUUCCUCGGCAACAGUUGCAAUUGAUCGGGACCACUUGUCUCUUUAUCGCUGCCAAAAUUGAGGAAGUGUAUCCACCAAAGAGCACUGAGUUCGCCGCAGUCACUGAUGGAGCUUGUACCGAUUGCGAGAUAUUCAGUCAAGAACUAGUCAUCAUGGAGACACUGAAAUGGUCACUUCAUCCGGUGACAGUGAACAAAUGGUUGUCGAUUUUUAUGCAAAUUUAUUCGAUUCUGGAGAAGGAGAACAAUCGAGAUCCAGAGGCUCGUUCGACCGGAGAGAAAUUUCUAAUUCCAAAUUACAGUGCAACGUUUUUCGUCCAAGUGGCUCAUCUGAUCGACUUGUGCAUGUUGGACAUUGGAUCUUUGCAAUAUAAUUACGAUGUUAUCGCAGCAUCGGCGUUUUAUCAUUUCACCGAUGAAGAAACAGUUUAUUCUUGUACAAGAUUCAAACAUCCAGAUAUCAGGGACUGUAUCAUUUGGAUGACACCUUUUGCAUUGGCGGUUCGAGAAACGGGAAUGAUUGAGCCAAAAGUACCAGCGAAUGUUACAAAUGGCUCUUGGUCCAAUAUGCAAUAUCACACAGUCGAUUUAACUUUGUUGGAACGAGCUCACAUGAAACAAAUCGAUCUAACUGAAGACAGUAGCGAUGAAUCAGUAGCUCCAUCAAUGCCUCCAUCUCCACUUAGUAGUAGUCCAUUUAAUGCAAAGUCAAAGGUUCCAUUAAAAGUUAAACGGGAUAAUAAUAAUAAUAAUAAUAGUAAUAAUAAUGGACCAAUAACAAUAUCAUCCUCGCCAAUUGCAUCUUCAUCAAAUGCACAGAUAACAUCAUCUCCAUUACCUUUACAAUCUUUAGCAUCUUCACCAGGAUUAAGAUCAACAGGAUAUUCACCAAAUCCUUUAUCAACUACAUCAUCUCCACCUCAACAUAAUCAAACUCAAUCUUCAUCUUUAACACCUUCAUCACUUGUCAACAAAAAACAAAUUCAAGAAACAACAACAACAACAAUAACAAAAAUUACUACAAGUAAUACAAAGAAAAGGAAACGAGAUCUUAACAACAACUCCAAUAAUAAUAACGAUGAUUAUUACGAUGACACAGAAUCAGAAGACGAUGAAGAUGCUCAUCAUCAUCAUCAUCACCACACUCGCCAUAAUCAUGUUCAUCACUGCAACGAUAAAGAAAUUAAUAAUAAUGAAACUGAGAAAAUAGAAAAGAUCGAAACAAAUAAGAUUCAUAACACUCGACAAUCUGCAAGACGAAUUACAAAAAAACGUCGAUCAUAUUCCCCACCAACUAGUAGUCCAGCGACGUUCUAAUACAAAAUUCUAUGUCAAUUGUCUCUCUUCAAUCACAAUUAACUCGUAGAUUUUACACAAUUAAUUAGUAUAAAUCACAGAAAAAGAGAAAGAGAGAGACAAAAGGACAGAAAGACAAAGAGCACGUUCUUUAUGUAAAAUAAUAAUAUUUAUGCAAUUGUUCAUAUUUAUACAAUCAUUUCUCACUAUCAACUGAAAAACGAAAAAAAUCUCACCUUCAUCAACAUCCUUUCAUCUUCCAUUUCCUCCUUAUCAUCAUCAGCAUCCAUCUUCCGUCCACCAUUUUGAUAUCACCAAGGUGAUAAAACGAAGCACAAAAUCCGAACCUGAACAAAAUGUCCAUUCUAAUUGUGAUAUCUUCUUGCCAUUCGCUUGAAUCGAAGCCAAAACAUUCUAAUUACAAUAAUAAUUCCGUCUCAUCUACUAUACGAAAUUAUCAUCGUUCAUCCAAAGCGACUUUUAAUCAUCUGAAACCUCAACAAUUGAACCGAAACUUUUCCCACACCAAAUGAUCAACAAUCCGAUUUUUGUCCAUACAAAUUUUUCCAACAUUCAAUCACUUUAAUAACAUAACUUAUUAUCACAAGUGAUUAAAGUUAAUCUUCCAUUCAUGUAAA